AUGCGGCAGAAGAGGAGCGAGUUAGAAGCUAGACGAGAAGCACCGCAAGGAAUUAUGGCAACAGUUCAAGGAGGAUAUGGUGUGAAGAAAAGCAGAAGCCAGCAAGAAUCGAGGCGGAAGUGGCUGAAAGCAGCAUUCCUUAUCUCUUCUGCUGUCCUUGGUGGCCUCUUGAGCUGGAGCUACUUGAAGAAUGAGGACGGUGUCACUGAGGUGCUGGCUCACUCCAGCGAGAGCCUGCAGGACAGAUUUGUGGAGGUGCCCUGCUCCGAGGAUUAUGACAGCCACAAACGAUUUGAAGGGUGCACUCCUAGGAAAUGUGGAAGAGGCAUAACUGAUGCAUUGAUCACUAGAGAGGAAGCCGAAAGAAUCCGUAGAAUAGCAGAAAGGGGACUGUCCUUGGGAGGAUCUGAUGGAGGGGCUUCAAUCUUGGAUUUGCACUCUGGAGCACUUUCACUGGGGAAGCAUUUUGUUAAUUUGUACAGGUACUUUGGGGAUAAAAUUCAAGAUGUCUUCACAGAAGAGGAUUUCCAGUUAUACCGUGAUAUAAGGCAGAGGAUUCAGCACAGAAUUGCUCAGGCAUUUGGUAUCAGCUCUUCUUCCAUGUAUCUGACCAAGCCAACUUUCUUCUCAAGAAUAAAUAACACUGAGGCCAAGACAGCCCAUGAUGAGUACUGGCACCCACACAUUGACAAGGUAGCCUAUGGCUCCUUUGAUUAUACGUCAUUGCUUUACCUCUCUGACUACGCUGAAGACUUUGGUGGCGGACGCUUCGUAUUCAUGGAUGUAGGUUCCAACAAGACUGUAGAACCGCGAUCAGGCCGGGUUUCCUUUUUCACCUCUGGGUCAGAGAACCUUCAUCGGGUGGAAAAGGUUCGUUGGGGCACUCGCUAUGCCGUCACCAUCUCCUUCACUUGCAAUCCGGACCAUGGCAUUGGGGAUCCAGUCUUAACGUAACCCUUCCUGGGACAGAAUGGGAGGUCAAAUGGAAUGACACAAGCCCUGCAACACAGAAAAGAAAAGAAAUAUAGAUAACUUGCUAUAUGAAUUCCCACUCAGUUUCUCAAUUGUGUAAUACUCUAAUGUACUGCUUUGUAUUCACACAUCCUCCUCCAUAAACAUUGCAAACAGUGCCUUAACGACCGCAUUUAAUUUGGUAUGUACACCUGGAAAUGAUUUGUUUUCUUCAUGUUCUAAUGGGUCAGACAUCAAAUCAAGGAACCCCUGGUUUUCUUAUUUAAGGAUACUUCACUUUAAAGAAUAUGAAGAACAUAUUGGUCCACAUUUUGCCAUUCCUUGCCUCAGUGUUUUCAAUAUUGCAGUAAUAUUGCAAUGGUGCAAUAUUAUUUAACACUUUAAAUGUUGCCACAUCCAUUUAGUCACACCAUCAAAGUUAGCGGAUGAGUUUGGGUGUUGCUCUGUUGGCCACACUAAUACCAGAGAAAUGCAUUCUCCUUGACAUGGGCAUUUAUUUGUGAAUGCACACCUGUGGGUUGGCUAUGAAACUUACUUGAAAUGUUUUAAAAAUUAAUACAGAUAUUUAUAGCUAGACGCAUUGGAAGAAAAAAAAAGGUUUCAGCUGACAGGCUGGAAGUGUUUGGUAUAAAUCAGUAACGACUGGAUUUGGGGGAAGCAUUUCUAGCAGUGCAUGAAGGAUACCAAGAGCGCCAAGAAAUUGCAUCCUGUUAGCCUGGGUUGAAGUAUUGUGUACCUGGCCCUUUAUAAUAAAUAUGAAAGUGAUUGUAAUAUUAAUUUACUGGAGCUACUGGGAAGUUAGGCUGCUCAGUUUAAGUGCCUUUGGGGUACAUCAUCCUUCUCUGAUUUAGGGUAUGCCUGCACUGAGAUCAUCACAGGACUUCAAACAUACCUGCGAAGCUGGGUGAAUAUUCACUUAUUCAUGUGGCUGGCUACACUACCUGAGCUGAGGUAGGUUCACACAAGCUGGAGGCACUGUGAUAUAGGUAUACCCUUCUAGUGGCAUUCUCCAGAGUUCUUAGCACUGGCUUCACUCUGCUGCUAUGAUUGAUAAGUAAAACUACUUCCACUGAUGUCCCCUAGGGCAGAUAGAGGCAAGUACUGAGCACUUCUAUAAAUCAUGCCCAAGAUGGACUUACAAAAAGUGUCAUUCUUUCUACUUUAUGGUUCCUACAACCCAGAUUGUUGUUAUGGCACCAAGGCACUCAGGAACUUUUGGUUUUGGGCCUGAAUUACCUUUAUUUUCUGGAUUGAAGGGAACUCUGGAUCUGUGCUUAUGCUCCACAACAUGUACAACACUGAAAUUAAAGAACAGUGUUUAACUUCUGGUUUAUUUAGUAUGCUAAAUUGUUCAGAAGUCUCUGAGCAGUUUGCUUGGGUCUAGUAUGAAGGUGUGCCCUUAACCGUACAUGCUACUGUGCAGUUUGUUCACUUGGUUAAGAUCUGUUUUAAAAACUUGAAAAAGAGUAGUUGCACCAUAAUACAAAUCAAGUAGCAAAACAAUUUACUAGUCUUGUCACAUACCUUGCUUUGUUGUUGUAAUUAAGGGAUAUUCAGAUUAGCAUUUUGGUAAUUUAAUUGUAAGGGAAAAGAAACUUCCUCAAUUAAGUUUGAUGCAAAUCUGUUGAAUCUUACAGUGUAGUGAGUAUCUGCGUUGCUUCUGUGCAAGUCUCUUGUAAUUUGCUUCUGGGAAACUGCUUUGAUCACCUGCACUUCAGACUUUGGGUUUUUUUAGAAUCUAUUUAUGACCCUGGAAAUACCUAAAUCCUAGAGGAUUAAACUGUAGCUCAGUAUACAGGGGGGCUCUUUCGACUUUGCAGCUGUAUUGGUUUUGUAAAUAAUGUUAUCAGUUGAUGUGCCAGCAAAACAAGUCAGUAAUAAGUUUUUUUCUGGGUGUGCUCAGACCUGAGAGAGACUUUCAUAUAAGAAGAAAGUAGAGGAAAAUCUGGAUAUGAGGAAAAUAAAAUUAACUGGAUACCAUGUCUUAAGACUUUAUACAAACCUGCUAAAGUCAAAGGUAAGACUUUCUGUGAGUUUUAGAUCAGGGUUCUAGUGUACAUUAUGUGCAAGGUCAGAUGAACAUCAGCAGAUUCAGUUAGUUGAAGUUUGGUUACUGAAAUGAUCUUGCACUUUUAAACAUGGGGCCAGGUCCACAUAAUAUUUGGACACCUCAAUUACUUUGUGAACCGUAGUUCUUUAAGUUUGCAUUGCUCUGUUAUAGUAGAAUUUUCAUUGCCAGAUAUGUCAUGUCACCUCUGUGAACCCAUUAACAUUGCAAGAUUUGAUUAGUGCUUUGUCACCUUAAACUGUUUAUUGGUUAUUUCUCUCUCUCUCAGGCUCUUAUUUGUGCUGAAUGAAAAUGACACAUUUUUCAGAGCUGCCCUUUUAUAAAGCACUUGUUCUAUCAACAACAGCUAUUAAGAGCAUCUCUACACAAUGCAGGGUUGGGGCAUGGGGAAUUUCAAGCAGCUUCUUCAUGUUUUCACAUUUCAAAGUUACUGCCUACAAUAAUGUCCACAGAGCACUGUGCAUCUCUUUCAUACUGUAAAUCUGAUUGACAUUAAAAAAAUGUAAAAGCAA